GAUACGCCCCUCACUUUAACUGGGCUGUGAGCGCUAUUGAGAGGCGGGGUUUCUCCUGUUUCUCUUCGGUAGUAUGAGCCUCGUCAAGCGCCGUAGUCAGGUGAUCUAAACAGGAACUGUUGCCGGUGUUGUACAGACUUGUACAACAGUCCGUGGCUGCGGUGAUGGCAUCGGACCCCUGGUUGUCGUCAUGUGAUUCUGCUUACCGCACUGUCCAAGAGAUUGCUGAAAAAAUCCAAGAACGCAACAGAUACCAGAGGAAUGGUGAAAGUACAGCUAAGCUCAAUGUUGCUAUUAGGUCAUUGUUGCAAAAUCUCAAAGAAAAGACUGAUAACCUGAGGGACCUGUUGUUUCAUUCUGCAUCAACACGUCAAAUAACACAACUUGAAGGAGACAGACGACAGAAUUUAGUGGAUGACCUUCUUACGCGGCACAAGCAACUUCAGGCAUCUUUCAAAAAUGAAGGCACAGAACCAGAUGUGAUAAGGUCUAGCCUAAUGGCCGGAGGAGUCAAACGAGGUGUUACAAACCCCUGGCUUGUGGAGGAGCCUGAGGAAACAAGAGGGCUUGGCUUUCAUGACAUUCAGCAGCAGCAACAGAGAAUUAUAGAAGAGCAAGAUGCUGGUCUUGAUGCUCUCUCUUCAAUCUUAUCCCGGCAAAAACAGAUGGGACAGGAAAUUGGGAAUGAAUUAGAGGAACAGAAUGAAAUCAUUGAUGAUCUCGCCAAUUUGGUAGAAAACACUGAUGACAACCUGCGAAGCCAAACCAGACGUGUUAAGAUGGUAGACAAAAAGUCAACUUCCUGUGGCAUGAUGGUGGUGAUCGUACUGCUGCUGAUUGCGAUUGUCGUCGUCGCUGUAUGGCCAAAAUAAUCUGUGGAGAGAUUGAUGGUGGCAGGGUGUCAACAGCACUCUGAAGCAAGGACAGUUUCAUCUCACUGGUGCAUUCUGUGGACUUGACUGCAUUUGCUCCAUUCUGAGUAUACUGACAGAUCCACAUGGCAGGGUUUUAUUCUGCAUCACUGUAUUUUCAAAGAUAUACCUAGAAGGAGACUGAUCUCCCAAUGACAUCAAAGCAUAAAUGCCAUUAAUUGCAAAGAAGCCAUCGUUAUUGAAGUGCUGUCAGUCUGAUUAGCUUUCCCUUUUCUUCAGAGAGCAAGGUAGAAUCUACUAUUGUUCUCUAGAGAUGCCUGGUGUAAGUAUAAGGGUUUUCUUUCUAACAUGAUUUCUUAGACCUAAGAUGCAUAUGUUUUAAUAGUGGGUGAGAUGCCAGUGGAUUGGUUCAGGGCAAACAGCAGCUCUGAGCCAAGGACAGAACUGCAAACAGGUAUUUUCAGGCACCUUUCAAAUGCACAGAAAUCCCAGGUCACGUUUGUCUGGAGACAAGGCACAACUACUGCUGUCGGUCUACAUAGACAAUAGCAAAUAGGUAUUGGCUGGAAAGGCAGAUGAUGUUUUCAUCCCAAAAUGCAGAAUCUGACACUUCAUGCUCUGCUGUGUGGUCUUUCCCUUAAUACACUAAUAGCAGGGAAGCAACAUCAUUACUAUAAAUAACUCCAAAAUCUGUUUUUUUCUAGUUCUGAAAAUAGAUGGAAAAGAUUGGCAAUUUCAAAAUUGCCACUAUUUUAAUGUUCAUUCCUCUGCAGAAAUCAUUAUUUUGCUAUAUAUGUGCCAACUUGAUUGAUAGCACAAUAAGAAGACUGAAUAAAAGCCACUUCAUUUCGACAUUA